UGCUUUGAGCAACCGAGCUCUCUCUCUCUCUCUCUCUCUCUCUGACAUAGCAGGAUUCGAGACAAAAACCCUCGGCUUCCUUCUGAACUUUUCUUUGAUCCCAACCGAGAGGAUUCGAGGCAAAAACCCUCGGCUUCAUUCUCAUCAGCUUUUCUUUGAUCCCGAUUUCAUCAAGGUUUUAUCUAUUUGGUUGAUAAUGGGCUCAAAAAAUUGUGAAGUAUGCAAAGGGGAACAAUCCAAAUACAAGUGCCCCACUUGCUUUAUCCCUUAUUGUUCCAUGGUGUGCUUUAAGAAGCACAAAGAUAUCCCUUGUGAAAAGCCUGUGCCUCCUUCAGAAGAACCACCUAAGCACUCUGACACCUUAAAAGAUAUAACUGAUGAAAGGUUGCAGGAAAUAGACGAUCCAAGUUGUGUUCUCAGCAAAGAACAACUAGAAUCCAUAGUGAAGUCAAGUGAGAUCAGAAGUUUCUUAGCAGAUGUCAACCUACAGAAAAUGAUACAGAAAGUGGACAGCUCCCGAGACCCAGAAAAUGAACUGGAUAAAGCCAUGGGAGAUCAGACAUUUCUCCAAUUUACAGAUAAGGUUCGGUCUAUUAUCAAUCCAGAAGAGUAAGUUCUCUAGCUGAUCGAUAGCCGAUCUUAUUGGUACUACUCAGAGGCAAUAUGAUGAGAGGAUUCUUGAGAACUAUCCGAGUCUUUUGAACAAUCUUUUUCGGCCAUUCGGUAUAGAAAAUUACCCAAUGUAAAAUCUUCAUGAGUUCACUAUUGCAAUGGAUGAAAUUGUUUACCUUAUUUCAUAGGGAGAGAUAAUGAGAAUUAUGUUGUUCCCUCAUCAUAAUCAUCAUUUCCAUGUAUAAGCUUAA